AUGAAGAGAGGCAGGCCACCAUUUAAUAAAACUGAUUCGGCGAAGAAAAGACGUCGGAGUGAAAUCCAAAAAAACAACCGGCAAAGUCGAGUGCAAAUUGGAAAUCAAUUUGAUCGAUGGGAGUCGUUACGGCUUCAGCUUGCAAGCCAGGGAAGUGGAUGUCAUGUUGUCGAUCACCGCGACGUUGCUAAGUAUCUACUUGAUCGGAACGAAAGAUUCAUGUUGUCUACACCGGUUCGUCCUCAUGCAGAUUGUCUCGCGUUCGACCUAGACGCGUCAACAAUUUCACGUCAAAGUGACGAUUAUGAAUGUCUGUCAGGAAUUGAGUAUUUAAAAGAAUUUCCUCAAGGUAUGUCGCUAACCUUUCAAGAUGAUAGGCAUGAUGAGACGUAUCAUCCUAGUAGCACAGAGGAGAGUGAGGACAGUGACUUGGAUGACAGUGACUUGGAUCACUCUGAAUUUCUGAUGGAUUUGUCAAUGAAUCAGAAUGGUAUAGAUGCAUCUCAGGUUAUAGGGAAUGAAGAUGACAGUAGUUCAGAAGUUUCUGACAGUGAUGAGCAAGAUAUUUGUCAUGCACAACCCUCUAAGAUGACAGAGACUCAUUGCAUUAAGAUAAACAAUCCAGAGAUUAUUAUCAGUCAGAAAGCUGGAAUUGUGUACGAAUCGUGUCUGAAACAGUUAGUGGAGAUGAAGAUUCCAGAGAAAUGUCCAGAGCCAGGUUGCAAGAAACCGUAUGAAAUAGACUUUACCAAAAUAGGGACUUCCCUCACCAUGGAGUGGGUAUGUACUGAUGGCCACAUUGGACAUAAAUGGUUGUCACAACCGCUGUUGAACAAGGUCAAUGCUGCUGAUUUCAUUUUGUCAUCUUGCAUAGUAUUGUCUGGCAACAAUUAUUCAAAGACAAAACGAUUAUUAGACUUCAUGAAUGUAGGAUGUGUGAAUGAGUCCACGCAUCACCGAAUUCAAAAACAUUAUUGUAUUCCUGAAAUAAAAAAAUACUGGGAAGAUUUACAGAACAAAGUCUUAGAAAAUAUCAAAGAUCAAGAAGUUAUUAUAGCAGGUGAUGGUAGAAUGGAUUCUCCAGGGUACAAUGCUCAGUUUUGUACAUAUACCGUAAUGGAAUAUGAAACCCUGGAUAUUGUGGCAGUCAUAAUAAUAGAUAAAAGAGAGACAGAAUUGAAGUCCACCAACAUGGAGAAAGAAGCCUUUAAAAGAGCUAUGGAUUUUUUGAAAGAAAAGGGGAUAAAAGUAAAAGAAGUUAUCAGUGAUGCACAUCCCCAAGUAACUGCUUUUAUGAAAAGGGUUUACCCUGAAGUGAAACACAGCUAUGAUAUUUGGCAUGCAGCAAAAAAUCUAGGAAAGAAGAUUAACAAAGUCGGACAGGAGAAAGGAAACAACAUUUUAUUGGCCUGGUCAAAAGACAUUGUAAACCAUUUUUGGUUUUGUUCAAGGGAAUGUAGUGGUUCUCCACUGAGCUUUCUUUCAAAGUGGAAAAGUGUUUUAUUUCACAUUACGAAUCAACAUGAGUGGCCAGCCCUGGAACAUGAUGAUACUGGAUGCUGUGCACAUGGGCCAAUAACAGAAGGGACACGAGAAAAGGAUUGGUUGACACCCAGUUCUAAGCCUCAUGUAGCAUUGAGGAAGCUGAUAUAUGACAACUAUCUUCUUCAGAAGAUUCCUUAUUAUGUCAACUUCAGAACAACUGCUGAAUUAGAGAAUUUCCAAGAACUAAUUUUAGUUUAUUCAGCUAAGAGGUAUUCAUUCAGUGUAGCAGUUGGCAGAGGCAAUAUUGCAAGAAAUCUCAAAGGUGGACUGUCACUCAUCGGAAGACUGAAAAAUCAUUUUUUUUAUAUAAAAGACAUUGUCAGCAUGAUACUCCAAGCCAGAAUGAAAAACAAACUUCCCAUGAACAGAAGAUCUUUUUUAGGUGAAAGUGAUCCCCGGCAUAUUCAAGCAACGCUUGCACCCAUUCCACCACCAACCACCAGCAAUAUUGUUCAAAACCAAAAGUCCAGAUUUAAAAGUCAAUAG